CGUUGGAUGAGAUACAUAACACCACUACAUCCGCCGUCUGAGACUUGUUUUCUCUCUUCUCUUUUUCAUCUUCACUCAACUUACAACAACACUAUACACUGAAUACUUAACAUCACCAUUGAACUCAUUCACCUCCGCAAUGGCCGACACUACUGAGCAGCAGCCCAAGCUCAUUGACGAGACUCCCAUCUCGCCCAUUCGCCCCAACCAGGCACGGAGAAACUCCCUUGAGGACCACCUCAAGCACCGCCCCGAACGUGCCGAGCUCAUCGAGAAAAACAUCCUCCCAGCCUCGACCGCAGCGCCAGGCCUCCUGGCGCACCAGAAGGAGCUCCAGAAGCACAUGCUCGAGGACAAGCUCAACGACAAGAUCUCGCACCGCCCAGACCCCGAGUCCCUCAUCAAGAAGGACAUUUUGCACGAUGACCCUCGCGCUACGGGGCAGGACGAGGCCGCCAAAAAGUACGAGGAGGCCAUCGAGGACGAGUAUGCCAAGCGCGAGGGUGGCGCCUGAGCAUGAUGUCAUGCGACGGGGUCAUGAGCCUCGGCGCUCAUGACACCCAAAACCAUGGGGACUCGGGACGAGUGAAAUGAUUUUCCAAACUUUUGGGCAGGCAUGUUAACAAUAUGGUACGGGACCAAGUAGGCGCUUUUCGGCUGCAGCCGGGCAUUUUGGCCGGUCUUGUAAUUAUCAUGGGAAAUCCUUCGAAUUAUUCUAGCACUAAACACAGAAACCGACUCUAAGUGUGAUGGAC